AUGGCCCAGGAGAUCUUCCGUAGCUAUGAGGAUAAGCUUUUUGCAGGUCGAUCGGUGGAAUCAGCACAGGGGCUUUUUCUGAGAUUCUGGAGGACCUUUCGUCAAGUUCAUCCCGAUAGCAUGGUAUUCCGAGUCCAUUCACAAGACGAAUUAAAGUUUUGUAUCCCUUGCAAGUUUCAUGUACAUGAGGGCACGGGGCUUCGGAAGAGUGCUGUUCUCCAGUGCUCGUGGGGACCAGUCCUCGCAUCUGGUGUUGCAAGUUGGCUCCGAUAUUUUUUUUGGACUGCCAUGGGUCACGACGCUUAUACUGAGCACAAUGUGGGUUGGGAAUGGGGCAACGAAGUGGUGGACGCACUGAUGAAGGAGUUGGCCAAGCAGGCAACAUCCGCUAUGGAGACUGGUAUUGCCACCAAGCAUGGAACUUUUUUUCUGUGCUUUCUAAGUCUGGAAGGUGAUCUCCCAAUUCAGGCCAAGAUUUUUCAUUGCAACCGACAUUUCCUACGUGUUCCGAACCCCAUGUGUCCAUGGUGUUUGGCCGAUGGGGAAACCAUCCCGUUCACUGAUGUUCGUUCAACAGCCUCUUGGAGGGCUACAGUAGGCCAGAACGUCCCAUGGAGCGUUGAGCCACCGUUGGCUGCUUUAACCAGGAACGGCGAGGCGACCUUUUUGGCGAAAGAUCUUUUUCAUAUCGUCAGCUUGGGAAUAGGUCGCACUUUUUUGGCUUCUGCGAUCUGCUUUUUGGUUUACCUGGGUCAUUUCAUUCCCACAAAUAUGGAUGGCGGCUUCAAAGCUUCGGACACGUACUUGAUUUUAUCGUGGCUUGCGGAUUAUUUGGGGCGACCACUUCAAGCAAGCAACUACAUCGACAACAUGUCUGCUUGUGCUCAUGGCCUGGAUGAUUUUAUGCGGAUAUGUUUUAAAGCCGACCGGAUCUUCAUGACUCCAACUGAAGGACAAAGUGCGCUGACAGCUUUGGACAAGUUUCUGAUCCACUACAUUCGGCUCGCUUAUGAUGCUAACCGGGACCGUUUGGUAUUCUUCAAUAUCACCCCCAAGCUUCACUAUUUGGAUCAUGUGCGCAUGGAUCUCAGGGGGCAGCUUUCAAGACAACAGCAACGCCUCUUGAAUCCGAUGGCGUUCUCGACUGCCAUGGCCGAGGAUUAUGUUGGCAGGGCUUCUGUUAUUUCGAGGACGCCGCACCCAACGGCCAUGCCGCUGCGCACGGCGCAGAAAUGGUUGAUCGAAACCAGACUUCGGUGGCGGGGUGCCUUCAAGUACCAGGUGGCUGUAGCCGCCAGCUCGGAGGCUGGCGGAGGCGUCUACGCCAUCCCGUUUGCGCAGACCUGCGGGCGAGUGGUCUGCAUUGACCCCGAGUCGGGCCGCAAGGAGGAAGUCGGCGAGGAGCUGUCUCUAGGACAAGCUCGAUACGUGGCUGCUGUGAGCGCUGGGGGAAAGAUCUUCGCUGUGCCUUGUCACGCGCGACAUGCCCUGGAGGUUGACCCGAAGAUGAAGAGCGUGCGUGAGUUUGGGCAGGAGCUUCCCUACGGUGGCCUGAAGUACCAGGCUGCCGUCUGCGGCCUUGAUGGAUGCGUUUAUGGCAUCCCUUUCAACGCGCCACGCUUCUUGAAGAUCGACCCGGUGAUGGGUACGAGCCGGGAGGUGGGUGAAGCGCUACCCAGUGGGGGCUUCAAGUACAUGACGGCUGUGGUUGCUCCAAGCGGAAGGAUCUACGUCCCGCCUUUCGAUGCCGAGCAGGCGUUGGAGUUCGAUCCCGCCACGGCCUCCUGGAGGUCCCUGGGGCCCCGCUUCUCCGAGGGCGGGCAGAGAUAUGUGGCAGCUGUCCUGGCCAGCAAUGGAAGCAUCUAUGCGCUUCCUUGCAAUGCCGAGCGCAUCCUUGAAAUCAGCCCUCUGCACCGAGACGCGCGUGAGGUGGGUCCCAGCUUUCCUCGCGGCCUCUUUCGCUACCAGGCGGCUGUAGUGGCCCCGACUGGAAGGAUUUAUGGGAUUCCAUACGAUGCUUCGCGAGUCCUGGAGUUCGACCCUUCGACCGGCCUUGCACGGGACAUCGGUCAUGACCUGGCUGGAGACGGGAGGCAGUACGCAGCUGCAGCGGUGGCAGAGAACGGCUUGAUCUAUGCUCCGCCCUCUGGCGCUGAGCGCGUGCUGGAGAUAGACCCCUGGAGCCAGCUCGUUCGCGAAGUCGGGCCAACUCUUCGAGGGAUAGCAGAGGUCGAUAACGGUGGGGACAAGUACCAAGCCAUUGUCGGUGCACCGAGCGGAAAACUUGUCGCAGUGCCGUACAAUGCCGAGCGCAUUCUCGAAAUAGUUCCCCGACAGCUGGAUCUGAAAAUGCGGCCCUCGAUGGACAACUGUCUCAACACGAUGGAUUAG